AUGGUGUCUGAAAAGUCCCUCGAGGACGCCCGUCCACGCGACCCCGAGCCCGUGACAGCAACCGCCGUCGCUGGAUACGAUGACGAUGGCGCGAUCCCAAAGGGCCAGCUGGACCCCGUCUACGAGGCAAAGGCCCGCAUCCAAGACAUCGGCAUGGGCAAAUACCAGUGGCAGCUCUUCAUCGUCGUCGGCUUUGGCUGGGCGUCAGACAACCUCUGGCCCAUUGUCACCUCGCUUAUCCUACUGCCCAUCCGGAAUGAGUUCCACCCAGCUAGGCCGGAGCUGCUACCCCUCUCGCAGAACAUUGGCCUCCUCGUGGGCGCCAUGUUCUGGGGCUUUGGGUGCGACAUCUUUGGCCGCAAGUGGGCGUUUAACCUGACCCUCGGUCUUACUGCCGUCUGGGGCCUCGUCGCGGCGUCGGCGCCCAGCUUUGCGGGCAUCGCCGUCUUCGCGGCGCUCUGGUCCUUUGGCGUCGGCGGCAACCUCCCCGUCGACUCGGCCAUCUUCCUCGAGUUCCUCCCCGGCACCCACCAGUACCUCCUGACCAUCCUGUCCAUAGACUGGGCCAUUGCGCAGGUCAUUGCCACGCUCAUCGCCUGGCCUUUGCUCGGCUACCGCACCUGCCAGUCCAGCUCGGCGGCCACCUGCACGCGCGAGGCGAACAUGGGCUGGCGGUAUUUCAUGCUCGCGGUGGGCGGUAUGACGCUGCUCAUGUUUGCCGUGCGCUUCUUCUGCUUCACCAUCUUCGAGUCGCCAAAGUACUACAUGGGCAAAGGCCGCGACGACGAGGCCGUCCGGAUCGUGCACGAGGUGGCCCGGCGGAACGGGACCACGACACCGCUGACCAUCGAGGACCUCAAGGCCUGCGAACCGGAAGGGUACGUCCCGUCUUCAACAAACGCCGCCACGGCUGCCGUCAAGCGCAAGCUCGAGGCGGUCAACCUGACGCACGUGCGCGCGCUCUUCUCGACGGGCAAGCUCGCCUACAGCACCGCCGCGCUCAUGCUCAUCUGGGCCUUCAUCGGCCUGGGCUACCCGCUGUACAACGCCUUCCUGCCCUUCAUCCAGGACUCGCGCGGCGUCGACUUUGGCGACGGCUCCACCGAGACGACGUACCGCAACUCGCUCAUCAUCGCGGUGCUCGGCGUCCCGGGAGCCCUGGUGGGGGGCCUGCUGGUCGAGGUGCCGCGGUUCGGGCGCAAGGGCGCGCUCUCGCUGUCCACGGCCCUCACGGGGGUGUUCCUGUACUGCUCGACCACGGCGCUCAGCUCGCAGUCCCUGCUGGGCUGGAACUGCGCGUACAGCUUCACCAGCAACGUCAUGUAUGCCGUGCUCUACGCCUACACGCCCGAGCUGUUCCCCACAAAGGACCGCGGGACGGGAAAUGCCCUCACCGCCACCGCCAACCGCGUCUUCGGCAUCAUGGCCCCCAUCGUCGCCAUGUUUGCAAACCUCCAGACCGCAGCGCCCGUGUACACCUCUGGCGCGCUGUUCAUCGCCGCGGGGGUCGUGGUGCUGACGCUGCCGUUCGAGUCGAGGGGCACUGCUAGUCUGUGA